GUGUAAUGACGGUGAUUGAACCGAACAAAACCCGCGAGCUCGUUUCGUCGCCAUUGCAAUUCGCAACGAAACUGUUAGAUUUGAAUUUUCUGAGUCUCAAAUCUUUUCAGCAGAUCCGAUUUUACGGUUGUUUUCUCCUUUGAUUUCGUCGUCGAUGGCUCACAGAGGCGGCGCGGGUGGUUCCCUCUACGGCGGCGCCGCGCCUUACAGAUCAGGAGAUGGGCUUAGCACUAGAACAGGUGCAGGUUCAGAAGAAAUCCAGCUAAGGAUCGAUCCCAUGCACUCUGACCUUGAUGAUGAGAUCUCUGGUCUCCAUGGCCAAGUUAGCCAAUUGAAAGAUAUUGCUAGAGAGAUUGGGUCAGAAGCCCAGUUUCAGAAGAACUUCUUAGAUGAGCUGCAAGUGACGUUGAUGAGAGCGCAAGCCGGGGUGAAGAACAACAUAAGGAAACUGAACUUGAGCAUCAUACGCAGUGGAAACAACCACGUCAUGCACGUGGUUUUGUUCGCUCUCCUCUGCUUCUUUAUUCUCUACAUGUGGUCCAAGAUGUUCAAAAGAUGAGAGAGACUGACUCAUGAUAGCGUCGCGUAUUAUACGCUUGAUGACUGACUAAUACUGGAAGAUUGUAGAAAUUAUCUUUUAGUUACGACAUUAUGUGGUUGGAUUGUGGUUCUUCUCGUUCCCUGUUAUGUAGAGUGCUUAGUUUGAACUUUGAACAAGUACAUUAAUAUACGGUCUUAUUUAACCCUAUUGAUGACAUGUCCGGUCUAUUGGGCUUAUACGAAUUGUGACAUAUGAGACGACUAUUGGGCUUUAUGGGCUGUAGCACUAACUCCAUGUGAUGAUAACUCUCUCUCUCUACCACCCCUGUAUAAAAGAAAAUCGGAAAGGAAGAAGAUAAAGAGAGAAAAAAAAAGAAAUCAAUGGCUGCUUCCUUAUCCACCUCCGUUGUAGCUUCGGCUUCGUCGCGUUUGUGGCACCCUGCUUCCAACGCCGGGAAGAUUAGCGUCCCUUCUUCGGCUUCGCUUUCUCUCCGCUCUGGUUCGAGACGGAGUCAGUUUUCUCUCGGCGGCUCUUCCGCCUCAGCUUCUUCUCAGCUGCUCCAUUGCUCCUUCCUCUCUUCACCUCUCUCUCUAUCCUCUACAUUUUCUGGUUUGUCAAUAGCAUUUGAUGUCAGCAGUGGAACGAGUGGGUUGAACGGGCAGAAGAAACGAAGAGGGCUUGUUGUGAGAGCUGGAAAAGCUGCUCUGUGUCAAACAUAGAGAAGCAGGUCAAGAAAAUCUCUGGCUAGGACUCAUGGUUUCCGUCUGAGGAUGAGAACCACUAGUGGUCGAGCCACCAUCAAGCGCAGACGUGCCAAGGGACGUUGGAAUCUCUGUCCUAAGUCCAACCCUAGCAGCGGCAAACGGGCUUGAAGACUCUUUCCUUUCCCUCCUCCUUCUCUCUCUCUGUAUUCUUGCUUUUUUUCCGCCAGAUGAUACAAUGACACGAACAGAUGAGCUAUUUUCUGUAUUUUAACUCCUUAUGUAUUCUUGAUUCGUUUACUGA